AUGGGCCUCGAAGACGACUUGCGGUUAGCCAAGGCCACCUCCUCUGACACAGCUACCGCCGCGGCUCCAGCCGCAGAUGGCUCGACGCUGUUAGCCGAGCUGCGUGUCUAUGACAGCGCUGUCACGAAGGAGGAUUACUUCGACGCCGCCUCAAACACCUGGGACAUUGAAGGACUAGAGGCGGACUUGCGUCUUGCGAAGGGCUCAGCCAUUGAGAAGCUAGAGGCCUCCGCGAUCAAGGUGAAUGGCCUGAACGGCCUCAAUGGCGCAAGCAAAUCGAACGGCGAGAAGUCGGGUGCGCAGCUCUUCGAC